AUGGCUACCCCUAACGUUCUCACCUUUGAUGCUGAGGGUCGGGCUGUCGACUUUGCGGUCUGGGUCGAUGGUCUGCAGCAUUUCCUGCAGUGCGAUAGGAAAGACGGUCUCUCUCUGUUCGAUCUCACGUCUGGCGCCUCUACUGCCCUUGCUGCCGAUGCUGACAGCACUGUUCGCUCACAGUGGGCCACACGCGAUGCUGCUGCCCGUCUUGCUGUGCGUAGUCACUUACCGUCCACUGAGCGCGCGCACUUUAGGGCGCUGGAGGAGCUGGCGGGGGCGGUGGAGGUGGCGGUGGAGGCGGCGGAGGGGAUGGGGGUGGCGGUGGGAGUGGUGGCGGGUGUGGGGGCUUCGGUGGCGGCAGCGGAGGCGGAGGCGGCGGCGACGGUGGCGGUGGGAGCGGAGGAGGCGGCGGAGACAGCGGUGGCGGAGGUGGCGGCGGCGGUGGUGGAGCUGGUCGGGCGGGGUGAGGGUGCUGGUCCCUGUGCCUACGUCCUGCGUACCGGCGACCACACUGGUGAGCUGUGCGGUGGCCCACACACCACCCAGCGCUGCUUCGGCCGCCUGAUGGAUGCUUGGCGUCUCCAGUUCCCUGACGCCACUGAGAUCCCCCACUGGGGCGAGCUGCUUAGGUCGAGGGUUGCUAUCUUUGAUCUGGAUUAUGAUGCUAUUCUUGCUGCCAUGUAUGUUGUGUUUACUAGUGAUGAGGGUGACUGUUAUCUGUGUGUUCCGCCUGACCCGGGCAUUGAGGCUGCUGCUCUGGGUGCUGCCUGA